CACAACCGUGCUGCCUGGUGACCUGCCAUGAAACCGAACUUGAAACAAUGGAAACAACUCAUGCUCUUUGGAAUAUUUGCAUGGGGGCUCCUCUUUUUGGUGAUUUUCAUCUGCUUCACCGACAGCAACCCUUCUGAACCGGCCCCGAGUUCCUUCUCCUUUCUGGAGACCAGAAGGCUGCUGCCCAUGCAGGGGAGGCAGAGGGCCAUCAUGGGAGCCAUGCAGGAGCCCUCCUUUGCUGAAGGCCUGGACGGGAACAAGGUGCCGCCUGACCGAGCCCUGUCAGACCCUUUGAACUCGGGGCCCAGUCACCUGCAGAGAUGGGCCCAAGUGAAAGAUGGGUUUGAAAACGAAGAUGAGCUUUUUUCAUCCCAGAUUCGGAGAAAAUCCCAAAGUGCUUUCUACCAGGGGAACGACAACUACUUUCUUGCUCCUGGUCAGCCAGGGCCCCCCAGCCACACUCAGGAGAUGUUGCCAUUGGUUUCCCGCGGGGAGCGAGACCAGAGGGAGGGCCUUUCGCCGGCCCAUCAGGUGCAGAGAAGGCGGACGAAGGCGAGGCACGUGAACGAGAAGACGAUGCACGUGAACGAGAAGACGAUGCACGUGAACCAGAAGACGAGCCACGUGAACCAGAAGACGAGCCACGUGAACCAGAAGACGAGCCACGUGAACCAGAAGACGAGCCACGUGUUCGAGGACACCGAUGGCUGGGACAGACUGUAUUCCACCAUGUCCAGGGCCUUUCUCUACCGGCUCUGGAAAGGAAACGUCUCCUCCAAAAUGCUGAACCCGCGCCUCCAGAAGGCGAUGAAAGAUUACCUCAACACCAACAAGCACGGGGUGCGCUUCCCGGGCAAGCGGGAGGCCCGGCUGAGCCGGCAGGAGCUGCUGUGCGAGCUGCGGAGGCGGGUGCGCGUGCAGACGCUGGACGGGAAGGAGGCGCCCUUCUCCGCGCUGGGGUGGGACAAGCACGUCCCCGCUGUGCCCCUGAGCCGGCUGUACCCCCGCGGCCUCCGGAGCUGUGCGGUCGUCAUGUCUGCCGGCGCAAUCCUGAACUCCUCCUUGGGUAAAGAAAUAGAUUCUCAUGACGCAGUUCUGAGAUUUAACUCAGCUCCCACGCGUGGUUAUGAGAAAGAUGUUGGAAAUAAAACCACCAUGCGCAUCAUUAAUUCCCAGAUUCUGACCAACCCCAACCACCACUUCAUCGACAGUUCGUUGUAUAAAGACGUCGUUUUGGUGGCCUGGGACCCUGCUCCUUACUCCGCAAAUCUCAACCUCUGGUAUAAGAAGCCAGACUACAACCUGUUCACGCCAUAUAUUCAACAUCGUCAAAGAAACCCAAAUCAGCCAUUUUACAUUCUUCAUCCUAAAUUUAUAUGGCAGCUUUGGGACAUUAUCCAGGAGAAUACUAAGGAGAAGAUCCAGCCCAACCCACCAUCUUCUGGUUUCAUUGGAAUCCUCAUCAUGAUGUCCAUGUGCAGAGAAGUACACGUCUAUGAAUAUAUCCCGUCCAUCCGGCAGACGGAACUUUGUCACUAUCAUGAGCUGUACUACGAUGCGGCCUGCACGCUCGGCGCGUACCACCCGCUGCUGUACGAGAAGCUGCUGGUGCAGCGCAUGAACACGGGGGUCCAGGAGGACCUGCAUCGGAAGGGGAAGGUGACCCUGCCCGGGCUCUGGGCCGUAAGCUGCCCUGUACCCAACCCCGUUCCACACUCUUAACAAGGGGCUUUGGGGAGGCAAUGUGCAAUAAGGUACUACUGGUAUACUCUGUGUCACAAAGGAAUACUUGAAGUUGUAUUUUAGACAAGGUCGUCUGGAGUCUUUAAACUGCAAUUUAGUGGUGGCCAUAAGAAUUCUUCUCUUCCUAAGCCAUUGAGUAUUUAUGACUGUUCUGAAUAUAGAAAUGGAAUUUAAAAAAAAAAAAGCUCAAAAAAGCUGCAAAAAAUGGGUACCCAGAAAGAAAACAGAUGUAUAAGCAUGGGCAUGACACCUCCAAAAAUGCCAACCUUUUCUUAUGCCACAGGUACACAUUAUCAGGCUUGUUUUCAACUACAGCCCUAGGGAUAUACUGAAAUUAAGAAAGGGCUUAUACCUCGAAACAUCCAAGUUGAGGACCAGUAUCUAUAGUCUCGAGAGCGCCACUUGCACAUACGUCCGUCAUUAAAUAUCCUGGAUUUUAUGGGGAAUGUCUGAUUUCUCUCUUAGAUGUGUUUUUAACAGUGAAAAUACCCCAGGUAUCCAACAGGGUGCACGUGGUUCUGUACCAUUGCAUUAACCAUCUCUGCUUCCCCUUCCUACUGAGGGCUUUGCUCUUUGCUUAGCAGGACAAGUUUCUGAUGCCAUAAAACAUCAAUGUGUCCAAGAAAAACCCAGCCCCUGAACAGCUCUAGGGAGACACUUCGUUUCUCUGCAACACUUCAUUCCAUGACAAGGAAAGUUAGUAUCACACAGACUGAGAGGCACAUAAAUAGGGAGUCUCAAGGCUGAAGAGCUGGACUGUUCUUGGCUCCGGCUUUUCCACCUUGUACCUCCUCACCUGCGAGCCCACCUCACAGCCCUUUCACACUCAGUUAUACACACACUGACAGUUAUUCCGCCACAACGAGGGAGAGCAGGGGCCACCCCUUGCUGCUUUCAAUGUUGAAGGAAGGACUGCAGAGCCGUCACCCUGUGCUGCUGGCGAUGCCCACCUAGCUAGCUCUUUUACAGAUGUCUUGUAGGUUAACGUCAGCUAUCGGGAACAGCCAUGUACAAUGAUUUUCAACUACAUUUUUCUUCCUACAGCAAACAUUUAGGCAUCCAACCCUUGCUUUCACAGAUACGUUUUAUGUCAACAGCAUGACAAAGCCAUAUAAUUAAAUAAAAUUGUGUGAAAGCAUUGCUCUUUAACAGCAAGGCAAAUACAUGCUUCAGAGGGAAAGGCAGCGAGGGGGGUAAUUUUCAUCCCAGUAUGUUCGAUAUACUCAAAGUUGGGUAUUUUGUUGUUGUUUUUCUUUUUCUUUUUUUAAAUCUCAACAUUUCUGCCACUGCUACAUUGAAAAACACAAUUUUUUAAAUAAUAAUGUGUUUUAGGUGAAAGUUUAUGCAGCAAAUUAGGUUCCCCUUUAACAGUUUUUAUACAGACUCUUCCGUUCCAUUGGUUACCGUUUUUACAAUGUGUCAGCAUUCUAGCUAUUUCCAUUCUGUUUUUGUUCUGUUUCCCAUGGUCUAGCUUCUCUUCCCCUCCUUGCCAUCUCAUUUGUGCUUUUGGGUAACUGUUGACUAUUUGUUCUCAUAUAGUUAAUCGUUUAAGGGGGCACAUUAUUCACAUGUGACGUUGUUUUUUUUAUAAGCUGAUCUGUUCUUUGGCUGAAGUGUGACCUGCAAUAAUAGCUUCAAUUCCAAGUUCAAAGGGUAUCUAAGAACAAUAGUCUUGGGGGUUCCUCUAGUCUACCGAUCUAGUAGGUCUGGCAUUUUAUAGAAAUUUGAGUGAAAAACACAAUGUUUUGCAGAGAACAUAGUGACAUUUUUUGGAAUCCCUGGUGGUGUAGUAGUUAAGUGCUACAGCUGCUAACCAAGAGGUUGGCAGUUCGAAUGCGCCAGGUGCUCCUUGAAACUCUAUGGGGCAGUUCUACUCUGUCCUAUGGGGUCGCUAUGAGUCGGAAUUGACUCAGUGGCAGUGGGUAUAGUGACAUUUUAGAAUACCUUAAUUUAAACGUGCCGUUUCCUUAUAUAACCAAAAUAUAUCUCAGUGGUACAGUUAAGACUUCUUGGCAUUGACAAUAAUAGCAGCUUAACUGAGUACGUUCUUCCUCGCAAGGGUGUGAAUGUUAGCAGAGUUUAAGUGAAAGGGUUUGUUUCAGGAUUCCCGCCCCGCCCCCCCCGACCCAGAGUGCUAUCAAGACUACUUUUUUUUUUUUUUAGCAAGGUGGUUUACAGAAACUGACAGCUUCUGUGUGGCUAGUCUACCCAUCAGAAAUCUUGUUGACCAACAGAGAUCUCCUGCAACUUAUUAUAAUAGUAAAGUAGGGGUAAUUCAAGAGGGUUACUCAUGACAACAUCCAGUAAGAGCCCAUCCUGAGAACUUUGUUUCUAGACUACGAGAAGGAAUACAUAAUUUUGUCCUAUACAUCAACUUAAGUCUGAGUAGACAUCAUCAAGCCACCUUUUCCUUCUAAUUUCCUGAAAGAGCUUCAUCUUGUACACAUGUUUAUGCAUGUAGUAAGUUCAGUGACUGGAAACCCUGGUGGCGUAGUGGGUAAGUGCUAUGGCUGCUAACCAAAAGGUCAGCAGUUCCAAUCCACCAGGCACUCCUUGGAAACUCUAUGGGCAGUUCUGCUCUGUCCUGUAGGGCUGCAAUGAGUCCGAAUCAACUCGAUGGCAAUGGGUUAAGUUCCGUGACUACUGAAUGUUAAUGAGCUAACUCCAAAUUGGGAUGAACAGGCCUCCUCGGAACUGCCUAGGUCUUCCAGGCCUUUGCCUUUAAAUGCCCGUGUCUAUUUGAGUUCCUUUUAUAGUCAUCCUAGGUGAUUUGCUGAUGGGCAUCAUUAUCUAGGAUCACCCCCCUUGGGGACAUGAGAACUUGACUAGAGGAUAAUUUAUUGAGCUUAGUGUAAACAUGCAAGUUCAAAAGCCCCAGAAAACACUUCAAAGCUGUUUAAAUAGCAUUUUGUUGUAACGCAUGUAAUUUUAAAAAGUACUUUCCGUCUCACUGAGGUUCCAAGAAAGACCGAAGAGCAUAAAAGAAAAUUUAAUUAGAAAAUUGAAUUUAUUAUGGCCUUAAAGACUCAUGGGAACCAGGGUCUGUUAAACAUUCAGGAAAUGUAGUACACAUAUUAAUAUACUGUCGGCUGGCAUUCUUCUAUUUAAAAGUUUAAAUUGUUUAGUCUCUCAAAAAUGUUAGGCUAACAUGAAGACCACUUCUAGUAUUACCCAAAUUGGUCCUAAGUGGCAAUAUUUUACCAGACAUUGUUAAAUCCCUGUAUACCACAUGUUCUGAUCUGCAGGGCACACAUGGCCUUUCUGUAGUUAACAGUAAAUAACACCCCAUUGCAUUUCUCACAAGCUAUGUCCCUCCUAAAACCCUCCACCCUCUCCUGGGAAGGGAAGCUGAUAAAAUUCCUAUGGUGCAAACCGAAGCUAUUAGUUGUCGUUUUUUUUCACUCACAGGACUAAUAUCACAUUGUUUUAUAUUUCAAGACAAUUUCACUUUUUGUUAUCAUGAAGAAACAGACAUUGACCAAGAAGGACAAGUCACAUGGGACUAGAUUCUACCUAACGUGUCUAUCACACUGGGCAGAAAGGUGUGUUUUAACAGGUGUAGUAUUCUCGCUGUCGAUGGUAUACUGAUCCUAGUCCUGUGUGUCUGACCUACCCCACUUUUUUAAAUCUACUUUUAUUAAGAACAUUUGCACAGGGCCAUAAGGUGUUCAGUUAGAAGUUGCAUAUAAUAAACAUCAGAGAUAUGCAUUGAAAUGGGCCAAAGGAAGGGCUUUUACACAGCUUUGAGUUACUGGGUCUUCUGCUGUCUGUCUGCACCCAGAGCUGAAAGCACCUGCUUCAGAAACAACGCUCCCGGGAAGGGGCCUGUUUCCAGGUGUCUCGUGCCCUCUGUCUGUCAGCCCAGACAAUCAAUCCUGGACGCUUCAGUAGUCAUCUGUUAUUAUAGCCAUAUCAGAUGGACGAAAGCAAUGCUAAAACAAUUGUUAGCAUUUCCAAAUUUGGGAAAUAAAAGUAACUCUUUAAAGCGGCUAUAGGGUCACUCUAAUAUGAGUUUAUGAGCCAGUGCUUUCUGGUGAAACAGAUUAUACCUUCUGCCGUUGGCUGACCCUGCCAGGCAGGAGCCAUUUAUAGCCACUGAAGUAAUUAGGUCCUGUUGACACAGUCUCAGAUGAGUAAUGGAAUGUGAUGGAAGACAUUUUUAUGCAUAAAUGACAUGAUUAAAAUUCUCUCUGUAGCCUUUCUUAUAAAUCAAGGCACAGUGCAUGUUUCAGGCGGGAGGUCAAAGUCACCUGGCCCCCGUUUCUCCUUAGAUAGGAGUCCCUGGGUGGUGCAAAUGGUUAACAUGCUCAUCUGCUAACCAAAGGUUGGCAGUUCAAGUCCACCCAUAGGCACUUCAGAAGAAAGCCAUGGCGAUCGGCUUCCAAAAAAUCAGCCAUUGAAAACCCUGUAGAGCACAGUUCCACUGCGGCACACAUGGGGCCUCCCUGAGUGAAAUUGACUCAAUGGAAACUUUUUUUUUUUUUAAUGGAAAGAGAAGGGGAAGGGGGGAGAGGAAAAGAUAUUAAGAAAUGAUUAUAUAGGCCAAAUAGACUCUCAUUAUAGUCUAUCAUAUUGUCUUUUCAGUUUUUCAUUUUCUGAUAGUUUAGAACUCUUACCCUGUGGUUAUACAACUAAUCAAGGCAGCUACGUUUAGUAAUCAAUUGCUUAGGUCAAAUGCGCCUGAGUUCAAACUUGUUUUUUAUACUCUGGAUAUUUCCAUCGUGAAAUUAUUCUGCAUGUUUUUGUCACUUGAGCAUCAUUUAUGCUAUUGGUAAAUGAAAGGUAUUUUUCUGUCAAUUUAAGGAAAUGUAAGUUCUGAUUCUUGUUUUAUGAAAUGAAUUAAGCAUUUUAGUAAGAAAAAAAAAAUCUAGCAUAUUCCCCUAUAAGCUUGGGCUAAUGAAAUUUAAAGAAUUAAAGGCAUUGAUUCAGUAGUUCUUUUAGUAUAAAAAGUGUACAUGUAGAUAUAGUUAUAUAAUUGUAUAUACACAUAUCUACAUACAGGGUUGGUUUUGUGUUGUCUUUUUUCGUCAAUCUGUGUGUCUGAAAUCUUUGUAAUAAAUUUUAUUUUCAUUAUACAAGCACCAGUUUUUUUUUUGAAAAAAAGGAAGCAAAUGUUAUAUGUCCUUCUGUUUAAAAAAAAAAAAACUCUUCCAUCUCCAUCCCUUCCCACACACUCACAGUCUUGACAUCUUUGCUAUGCUAAAAAAGCAUAGAGAGAUAUGUAAAAGGGACUAUAAAAUAUAGAGGAAACCCUGUUGGCUUAAUGGUUAAGAGCUAUGGCUGCUAACCAAAAUGUUGGCAGUUCAAAUCUACCAGGUGCUCCUUGGAAACCCUGUGGGGGCAGUUCUAUUCUGUCCUUUAGGGUUUCUAUGAGUUGGAAUUGACUUGACGGCAGUGGGUUAGGUUUUUUUUGUUUGUUUGUUUAUAAAGUAUAGAAUCACUACGUGAAUAUUGUGCCCUUGUCAGAUGCCUAACUUAACCCUGAACUUGAAGAAAAGUUGAUCUAUAGUUGAAGGCUUUUAUAAGAUUACAAGAAGAAACAUUUAUUGGUUCCAUGGGAAAUAGUCUUCUUACCAGGUAGGUUUCAAACCAAUUCACUCCUUUGGUAGUGUUAAAACCUCACAUUUAUUAUACCACACAUUGUGUUUUGCUCUAGAUAAAAUAGUUGUUAAAUUUGUCUGACAGAAACCAGUGAAAUUUUUUAAUAGCUUUGGAAAUUUUUUUGUAUGAUAAUUUUUAAAAUGAAAUGUGUGCUCUUCAAAGUAAUUAAAGCUUGAGGUUUUCCAGGAGUCACAUUUUAAAAGUGUUUGUACACAUUUUAACACUUUGAUAUUUUCUAUUUUGGUUUUGUAUAUUUUUGUGUAUAUGCAGUGUACAGACUUUUUCUUGUAAAUAAAACAUGUUUUCAUUUGUCUAGAAGUUUCUCU